GAAAUUCUCACUUUUCAAGCAGGACAGAGUGUUAUGUUUGUAUUUUCCAUGAAAAUUUGCCGGAAUAGGACUCGUGAAAUUUGCGCGAGCAGUUCACAGCGCAUCGUUUAUUCGCAGAACCCCAAGGAAAUUCGCGUUAUCCCGGGAGGUCGGAAACAAACGGCACCGGCCACCAAAUGCUCCCGCUCCGCCGCCUCCCCCCGCUCCCACUGCCACGCGGCCCCGCACCCCGUCGCCUCCUGUCAGCCGCGGCAUCCGCCGCCGCCUCCCCCUCGCCGCUCCCAUGGCCGGGCCUCCACGCCUGGCGCCGGGCACCGCCCAGCGACCUCCGCACGUGGGGCCCCGAUGGCCCCUGCGCCUCCGACGCCGAGGAGGCGGCCGGGGCCCCGCCCGAACCUGACGCCGGCGCGGGCUCGUCGCUGGCGGAGAUGGGUGCGCUGGUGCUGUCCACCGCCGACCCCCUCGCCAAGGCGCGGCUCACGCACGCCGCCUUCUCCCGGUGGGUCGCCGGGCUCCCCGUCGGCCAGGCCACGGCCCCCGACCACCCUGCCAGGCCCGACAAGCCCCUCGUGGUGACGCAGAAGGAGAUGACCACGCACAAGGAGAUGCGGGUGCCGCUCAACGCGUACAUGCUGCACAACCUGGCGCACGUCGAGCUCAACGCCAUCGACCUCGCGUGGGACACCGUCGUGCGGUUCGCGCCGCUCAGGGACACGCUGGGAGACGGCUUCUUCGCGGAUUUCGCUCGUGUGGCAGACGACGAGAGCCGCCACUUUCGGUGGUACUCGCAGCGCCUAGCUGAGCUUGGGUUCAGUUAUGGUGAUAUGCCAGUUCACAAUCUUCUUUGGAGGGAAUGUGCAAAGUCGUCAAGUGAUGUUUCUGCACGAUUGGCUGUGAUUCCUUUGGUUCAGGAAGCUAGAGGCCUUGAUGCUGGACCAAGAUUAGUCCAAAGGUUAUUUGGUUUUGGGGAUCAUCGAUCAGCAGAUAUUGUGGCAAGAGUAGCAGAGGAAGAGCUUGCACAUGUUUCUGUAGGUUUGUAUUGGUUUCUGAAAGUAUGCCAAAUGAUGGGUCGUGAUUCUGGUGAUACUUUUAAAGACUUGAUAAAGGAGUAUGGUGUUGUAUUGAAGGGUCCAUUUAACUAUCCGGCUCGUGAUGAAGCUGGUAUACCUCGAGAGUGGUAUGAUGAGAAGUUUAAACAGGAAUCUGCACAAAAACUUGAAGAGGUGCAUGAUAGACUAGCUUGUAUUGUUGAGAUGGAGAAAGAGAAUGCAAGUUUGAAUGAUUAAGUUCUACUUGAUGUACAUGAGAGACUGGGUUUCUUCUUGCUGGAGUGGAAAGAUAGUUAAUAGUCAAUGCAUGUUAUACAACUCAUCUGUGUAUGCUUGCAAAGAUACCUGCUGUCAAGUGGACACCCAGAUCUUGUAGGCUGGAAACAGGAACCGGAAGCUGUAGAUCGCUGGAUUACUUAAAAGAUCAUUCGUGGUGGAUUUCAAUUGCUAGAACAGAGACAAUUCAAUUCUUCAUUCUGCUGCAAGCUUACUGAGAUACAGCAUGUUGUCUCCAGCCAUGUAAUUUUAUCAUCCAUGGCUGUACUGAUUCCUAUGUAUGAUUGAUUCCGCAUCAUCACUGCAGAGCUUUACAAUCAGGAAUUCAUGAUUAGUGUAGUCAGUCCAACAAGGAUGUGUCAUGGAAGAUUGGUUUAUUAUUAUUUUUCUACGCAUUUUGAUUGAGCAAUUAUUAAAUUGGGAUGAUCUGGAUGACAGGUUGUAUACAGUGAGUACAUGGUUAAUUUUUUGUGCGUCUCCACAGAUUGUUGUAUAUUCAUAUCUGCGGUUCAUUCCAGACA